AUGCAGCGUUUUUUGAAACUGGGACAAACAGAAGUUGACGACAAAGACGAAUCUGAUAUUGAUAAUGUUGGACAAGAGGCAGUAAAUGAUCCACCAAGUUGCUAUCAACUGGAUGACUCUCUGAUGACCUCUGCGAUACAAUUGCAGCCGUCAAAUUCAUCUACUCAAACUGCUGAAUCCACUAGUGAUAGUAAACAGCGUAUGCUCCUUGAUUCACAUGAUUUUGGUUACAUUGAUUUUGAUUCCAUUACGGGCUUAUCAAACGUAGCAGACAAUCUUCGUAUGGAGUUGAUUUCUCGUGGGCCAGAAGUAUUUCAGAACAAGGAUGCUAAUUUUGCAAAACGACUGCAAGAUCCAUCAAUGAAUUUCCAUGACGCAGCACUGGAUUUAGAAGGACUGCAACAACGGCUAAGUAGCAUUCGAGAAGAUGUUUGCAUCACUGCAGUCAAUGCAGCUAAAGUUCUGUGUGAAAAAUUGGGAAUUAGGAUAGAAGGAAGAAUUAAACGUCGAAAACAGAUGCCUGGUGAAAAUGCUGGUGAUGCAGGACUCGCUGCGGUUGAAGAAAUAACUCGCAUUAUGAAAUCAGUUAUUGAUAGACUAAUCCAGGAGAUGACAACACGAUUUGGUCGUCUGAAGACGUUAGAUGAAAAGUUUGGAUUUCUAUUCAACAUUAGCAAAUUGUUUGCUAAUGAUACCUCUAAUGAUAUUCAACAGCACUGUGCUACGCUGGCUGACUGUUAUAAAACUGAUAUUGAUGGAACUGAACUGUUCGUAGAAAUCAGUGACUGCAGUAUGUUGCUGAAAACCCGGCCAGAUGCUACCCCAAGCAGCCCAUUAGAAUUACUUUCAUUUAUUAUUUCAUAUGGCAAUGACAUAUUUCCAAACUUGCGAAUUGCUUUGCAAAUUAUGCUGACAAUCUCUGUGUCAGUUGCUAGCUGUGAGCGUUCUUUUAGUAAACUAAAAAUCAUUUUAACUUAUUUGAGAGCUUCAAUGGGUCAGGAGCGUCUGUAA